AUGGGCUCUGUGUCAAACCAGCAAUUCGCAGGUGGCUGCGCCAAAGCGCCGGAGGACGCGGCCCGCGCGGCGGAGGAGCCGCAGCUGCUGCACGGUGCCGGCAUCUGUAAGUGGUUCAACGUGCGCAUGGGGUUCGGCUUCCUGUCCAUGACCGCCCGCGCAGGGGUCGCGCUGGACCCCCCGGUGGAUGUCUUUGUGCACCAGAGUAAGCUGCACAUGGAGGGCUUCCGGAGCCUGAAGGAGGGUGAGGCCGUGGAGUUCACCUUUAAGAAGUCCGCCAAGGGCCUGGAAUCUAUCCGAGUCACCGGCCUUGGUGGGGUGUUCUGUAUUGGGAGUGAAAGGCGACCCAAAGGGAAGAAUAUGCAGAAACGCAGAUCAAAGGGAGACAGGUGCUACAACUGUGGAGGUCUAGACCAUCAUGCCAAGGAAUGCAAACUGCCACCCCAGCCAAAGAAGUGCCAUUUCUGCCAGAGCAUCAACCAUAUGGUAGCCUCGUUUUCACUGAAAGCCCAGCAAGCUCCCAGCUCCCAGGGAAAGCCAGCCUACUUUCGGGAGGAGGAAGAAGAGAUCCAUAGCUCUGCCAUGCUCCCAGAGGCUCAGAAUUGAGCCACAGUGGGUGGGGGCUAUCCUUUUGUGAUCAGAAAGCUUUGAGGAGCAGGCAUCAAUCGGCAGAGUGGAGAAAGUGGGGACAGGGUGGGUAGGGGGCAGCUGGCACUGCCAUAUAUCUGAGGCUGGAGUCCACAGCAUCAUCCCCUCUUCCCUCUUGGUGGGAAGAAGGGGUGAGGCAAAGAAACUCCAAUUAGCUCUUUCCAAAUGCA